CGAGAUUACUGAUCACGUUGGAUUAUUUUCGGAACAAUUUUAAUUCACCGGGCGAUUGCAUUGUAGAUACGAGUUUUAUUCGCGAGUUUUUCGGUUGAAUUUUUUUAAUGACAAAUGUGUGAAUUGUUGACUUAUUGAGAGGGGUUUAAUUUUAUUGUAUAUAAUAUGGUGAAGCUAGUUGUGCCAAGAGUACAUUGGACAGGAUUUGUACCCUCACGAUGUUUGUCAGCAAAGCCAAAAGCUAUACUCGAUGAUGAAACAUUGAAUUUGAUUUCUAACAAUGAUCUAAAAUAUAGGCAUCAUCCUGGUAUUGUCAAACCUAGAACACCAGUAUUCCCAGCAUGGGCAUCAAAGGAAACAGAAAAUAUUUUGAAAGAAAAGAAUAACAUAAGCUUGAAGGAAUUGAAAGAAAGUGUAAAAAAAUUACUCCGUCAUUUGCAUGGUCGUCAUCCACCGCUGGAGCAAUCACAACUGUUGGAAAAAUUACAAAAAGUAGAAAAACAUUUGAAUGCUAAUCGUAAUCAGAAUAUAUCUAUAAAAGACAUAGAUUUUCAUAAGAAUAGAAGAGCAAGGCAAAUUUUGAAGACCAAUGUAUACAAUUGGCAACCAAUUAAUUUUGACAAGCUCACUUCUUUUACGUAUCUGCUCAGUAGAGGAGUUCAAAAUUAUGCGGUUAUACGUAGGAUUCUGGAUGAGAUCAGAGCACGUGACAAAGAAUUUAAGCCUAGAAGACUUUUUGACUUUGGCUCUGGCCUUGGUACAGUCAUGUGGGCUGCUUCCGAAAUUUGGUCAGACUCGCUAAAGGAAUAUCUUUGCGUCGAAGUAUCAGAACCAAUGAUUGAACUGUCGGAAAGAUUAGCAAAAGUUGCCACGCCCGAAAUUAAAAAAAUUUUUUAUCGCCAAUAUUUUCCUGUCUCUGCAGAUCCCACUUACGAUAUUGUAGUGAGCGCAUAUUCUUUAUUUGACUUGCCAGGUGCAGAAUCACGUCUCGAAACGAUAUUAAAACUCUGGAGAAAAACCAAAGAUUACUUAAUUAUUGUAGAAGAAGGAACUAACGCAGGCUUUAAGUUGGUGAAUGAAGCGCGAGAUUUUAUCCUCAAGUAUGUGAACUCAAAAUACAAGCGCGACAUACAAUUUGCACAUAUUUUCUCACCUUGUCCGCACGACUUAAAAUGUCCAAGAUUUGCCACAGAUGUUACCCCAUGUAACUUUGAAGUCUUGUAUCAUCCAUUCAAAUUUUUGGACAGUCAUCAACAUGAAUCGGAACUCUAUUCCUAUGUUGUGUUGAAGAAAAGCAAACGAACUGAAGACGAUGAGCAGUGGCCGAGAAUUGUGCGAGAAACGAUGAAUCGUUCUAAUCACACAAUCUGUCGCAUGUGUACUUCCAACGGCGAACUGAAAGAGGAGAUCUUCACAAAAUAUAAACAUGGAAGGCACAUGUAUCGUUGUGCGAGAAACAGCAAAUGGGGCGACAGAUUACCUCUACAUUGGCAAGACGUGGAAGAAAUUGAUACAAGUAAUGAAACGAUUAUUGAAAAUACUAAAUAACAAAAUAAAGUUUGUUGUUUUAAAACAAUCCAAUAAACAUUUU